AUGCAUAUUCUCAUUACUGGCGCCGCGGGCUUCAUCGGCCAACUCCUAGCCCGAGAGCUACUGGAUGACCCAGCCUAUCGCGUCACUCUGACCGACAUCCACCAACCACCCGUCCCCAAGGGCGUGCGCUACCCGCAGAAUGCGACCGCCGUGAAAGCCGACCUUCUGGAUGGAGCGACAGCGGGAGUUGACUCGUCGCUCGAUGCCGUGUAUGCCUUCCAUGGGAUCAUGUCGUCCGGUUCCGAGGCCAAUUUCGACCUCGGCAUGAGCGUUAACGUCGACGCCACGCGCAACCUCCUCGAAGCGCUACGACACACUUGCCCCGGUGUGCGGGUGAUCUACUCAUCCAGCCAAGCUGUGUACGGACAACCGCUCCCCGAAGUGGUGACGGACAGCGUGGUGCCCACACCGGAAUCGUCGUACGGCGCCGAGAAGAUCGUGUGCGAGACGCUGGUGAACGAGUACACGCGCCGGAAGUAUAUCACAGGUUUCACGCUGCGCUUUCCCACUAUCUCGGUGCGCCCCGGUGCGCCCACCGCCGCGGCGUCGUCCUUCUUGUCGGGUAUGAUCCGCGAGCCUCUCGACGGCAAGGAAUGCGUCAUCCCUAUUGAGAACCGCGGGUUCAAGUCCUGGCUCUGCUCACCCAAAACCCUUGUGCACAAUCUCCUUCUGACUCUUGGUCUGUCCGCGGACUGCGUGCCGCCGCAUAUCCGCCAGAUCAAUGUGCCAGGCAUUUGUGUUACGGUACAGGGGAUGAUGGAUGCGCUGGAGAAGGUUGGUGGGAAGGAUAAGCUGGCUCUACUAAAGGAGAAGGAAGACCCUGCGCUUGUUGCAAUUUUAAAGUCGUGGCCUACGCAGUUUGACAAUUCACAGGCUAUUGCGCUGGGAUUUAAACGGGAUGAGUCGUUUGAGCAGGCUGUACGGGAUUAUAAGGCUGAAUUGGAGCAUUCAUGA